AAAAAAACGUCUUGGGCCAGUGCACUAUCGUGCAUUGCCCAAUCCAACGGAAAGGUUGAACGGCAGAAAAUGGCAAAAACACGCAGCAGAGGUCGGACGCACGUAGCUAAGAACGCAACACCGCUCUCAUCGCCGGACGCCCGAACGCUUACGGCCCUUUGUGCCUCGGCCCGCCGCUGCUGAGUGCUGCUCGGCUGCUCCUAGCCCCCUAAUUUACUUAUCUGGACCCCGGCUAACCGGCUUCUGCCUUCUGGGACGCACCUGGUUUUGGCAAUCUGGCUUUCUGCUUCUCUCAGGAAAAUACUGAAAUCAAAGUACGCAUAUGUAUUUGAAGUAAUUUGAAGUAAUAUAUAAAGAGAAGUGAAAUAGGGGGUAUGGGUGAUGAUAAUGCAAAGAAGGCAAACAAAAUUCUUCGAUUCUUGCCAUUUCAAAGCUUAGUAGAUGCAGGUUUUUGGCACAGAUUAUCUUCGCUCAAGCUUAACCAGUUGGGCCUAGACGAUUCACCUAUUCCCAUCACUGGUUUUUAUGCACCUUGCUCACACCAUCAGGUGUCUAAUCACUUGACACUUCUUGCUGAAUCUUUGCCCCAUGAGCAUGAAGAGAACUUGUUCUCGUCACAUUGGAAAAGUCAGGGGAAUAGAAAUCGUUGCCCUAUACCUGGCACCCUUUACAACACAAACACGUUGGAGGCCUUCCGCGCUCUUGAUAAGCAAUCCCUAAUAAAGACAGAAGCCAAAAAGAUAUGGGAUGACAUUCACUCAGGCAAAGUAGAGGAAGAUAGUGCUCUGCUUUUGAGAUUCAUAAUUAUAUCAUUUGCGGACUUGAAGAAGUUCCACUUUCACUAUUGGCUUGCUUACCCUGCUCUUAUUAUUGAUCCUCCUGCAACAUUUGUUGAUUUGAGGCAAGCUUCACAUUGCUUCACUCCCGAACAGGCUGAAUACUUGUCGGCAGCUUGCAAUGAUUGGCGUAACACAAGUUCCAAAACAGAAUGAUCUCAUUGCAGAUGUUCCGUUUUUCCUGGUGUCUAUUGCGUCAUAUUCUAAUAUUACUCUAAGACAUCUGAGAGAUUGGGAAGCUUGUAAAAGUGAGGGAAAUGAGGUUCUUUUUGGGUUUUAUGACCCAUGUAACCAUCCAAGUAAUCCUGGCUGGCCAUUGCGAAAUUAUCUUGCAUAUAUUUCUGCAAGGUGGGGUCUUGAAAAGGUUAAAUUUUUCUGCUACAGAGAGAGCCGUGGAUUUGCAGAUAUGGGAAUGUCCCUUGUUGGAGAAGCAUUGAUAUCUGUUUCCCAAGGAUGGAAAGAUUUUCAAAAUAUUCCUAAAGUUGUCGGAUGGGAGACAAACAAGGGGAAGAUGGCUUCAAGAUGUAUUAGUCUGGCUGAAACUAUGGAUCCAACUAGACUGGCGAUUUCCGCUGCAGAUUUGAACUUAAAACUGAUGAGGUGGCGUGCAUUACCUUCGCUGAAUCUUAACUUAUUGUCUGCUACUAAGUGUCUUCUAUUGGGAGCAGGUACACUUGGAUGCCAAGUUGCUAGAAUGCUUAUGGCAUGGGGUGUUCGAAAAAUUACAAUGCUUGACAGUGGAAGAGUCACAAUGUCAAAUCCUUUAAGGCAAUCACUUUAUAUACUAGAUGAUUGCUUGAGUGGGGGUAAAUUCAAGGCAGAAGCUGCUGCUGAAAGUCUCAAGCGAAUAUUUCCAGCCGUGGAAGCAGGUAGUGUUGUGAUGGAUAUUCCAAUGCCAGGUCAUUCAGUGCCAAAAGAAGAAGAGCACAAUGUACUUGAGGACUGUACACGCUUGCAGGGUUUGAUUUCUUCUCAUGAUGUUAUCUUUUUACUGACUGAUACUCGAGAAAGUCGGUGGCUUCCAAGUCUACUUUGUGCUACCGCCAACAAGAUAACUAUCACUGCAGCGCUAGGUUUUGAUAGCUUCCUUGUCAUGCGCCAUGGAGCCGGUCCCAUGAGCACUAUGCAUGAUUUAAAAGAAGAAACUCAUCACAGUUGCCUUGCUGAUGUGAAGAAGCUUUCACUCAGUGACACAAUUGGGAGCAGGGCGAGAUUGGGGUGUUACUUCUGUAAUGAUGUUGUUGCGCCUGUCGAUUCUACUGCCAACCGUACUUUGGACCAACAAUGCACAGUUACUCGUCCUGGGCUUGCUCCUAUUGCAUCUGCCCUUGCUGUUGAGCUUUUGGUGGGCAUAUUGCAUCAUCCGUGUGGGAUAUAUGCCAAAGCUGAAUUUGAGAAUUCUUGUAAUACCGGGAGUAGCGAGGAGCAACCUCUGGGUAUACUGCCUCAUCAGAUUCGCGGCUCCUUGUCUCAAUUUUCACAGAUGUCUCUGGUGGGCCAUGCUUCUUCCACUUGUACAGCUUGCUGCUCCAAAGUUGUAUCAGAAUUCGACAAGCAGGGGAUGAAUUUUGUUCUUGAAGCCAUCAACCACCCCACAUAUCUAGAGGAUGUAACUGGAUUGACAGAGCUGAUCAAGUCCGCUGGGUCUUUUGAACUAGACUGGGAAAAUGAAACUGAAGAUAUCGAUGCUGAUUGUGUUGAUGCAUGAUAUCAAGUUGAUGGUAGUAGGGUUGGACCCGGUCCAUGAUCGGCCGGUCCCGGGUUGUAUUUGUAAAGAUCGGAACCGACCCGGGUUACAAUGUACCCGGUUCCGGUCCGGUCUACCCGGCGAGUUCCAGUCCGGUCUCGGGCGGUGCAGUCCUUUAUUAUUAUUUUUUAAAAUUUAUUGUACAAUAAAUAAAUGAUGUAUAUUUACUUUAAACACUACAUUGUCAGUUGUCACUUGUAUCAAUAUCACAUUUGAAAAUUACAAUCGAGGAUAGUUUAAAGUUGAGAAUUACAAUACAUGAACUAUUUGUCGGAGUCGCUUCUGGUGUUGGUUGUCGUUUCCUCCAUGAAAUGGUGGUUCGGUGCUAUGUUAACUUGUGUUCUACGGCGGGCCUUCAACCAAUCAUGGAAGCAAACGAGUGUUUCAAGAGAUGAAGCGUUCAACCUCGUUCUAUAGUCAGUCAAAACGUUAUCGGCUUCGCUAAACUCUUGUUCCACGGCAACACUUGUUUGGACAUUUUUUAUAAAAUUGGGAACACCCCUUCAUGGCUCUUCCACUAUUGGAGAAUAUCAAAGUCUUUCGCUUCAUUAAACCCAACAGGAAAUUAAAA